AUGCAUCCGACAGACGUUAACGCUACUGGUCAGGGCUACACCCUUGCCCUUGCUUUGCAUCGCCUCCACAUACCAUCUAUAAUCUAUGAAGCACGCUCUAGGUACUACAACCCCGGCGGUGGGCUCAUGCUUUCCCCCAACGCCUUACGCGCUCUCGACAGUCUUGGCGCGUAUAAGCGUUUGCUCGACAAAGCACUGCACUUUGAUAAGCUAUAUUUCAAGAAUGCCAAGAAUGAGACUACAGACAUAUAUUACUUCGGCUCAAGGACCAUCUACGGAUACCCGGCUAUGCGUAUGAUGCGCAAAGAACUGCUAGAUAAGCUAUUGGUGAUGCUGCGGGAGCGCAAUAUUCCAGUGUUUUUCGACAGCGCCAUGGCCACUGUUGACUAUGAUAGGCCGGACCUUGAUACCAAGGCACACCCCACGUAUGCAGGCAUCCUGGGCAUCAGCUGCGUCGUGCAGCGAUCACAGCUUCGCAUUCCCGACAAUUACGGCUUACCAGCAAUCGCUAUGGGCAAGCCGGGGGGCUUCUUGCUUAUCCCACAAGAACCAAAGAACCAGAUGGCUCUGAGAUCUAUAUCGGGGCGCAGCGACUGCUCCCAGAACAAACAUAAGCUUUACAACACGAUACAUAAAAAUCAGACUGAUUGGCCGGAUAUCGUGCAAUCGGCCCUGGAGGCUAUACCACCGGAUAUAAUGGGAUUUUGGGCCUUUUACGGCCUUGCUCCAUUAUCAUCGUGGCUUUCCGAAUCAAAGCGCGUUAUCUACAUCGGCGAUGUAGCACACGCCAUACGGCCUACGGUUAGUCAAGGCGAUAAUCAGGCAAUUGAGGAUGCCUGCUCCCUAGCAUCCCUUCUCUCCAAGCCGUCGCCAGCGGUGCAUCUGGAGGAAGCUGCGGCGUUGUGGCAAUCAUAUCGCCAGGAGCGCAUCCGAAAGAUACUUGACUUGACGCAGCAAAUGAACGCAAAGCGACUACCUGAGGCAGAAAAGGCCAAGCUACCUCCGAAUGCCAUUUGGACCGACUCUUCAUUAAUGCGUGGAGAGGGUGGUGAGCUUCGUUGGUUGUAUGAUCCCGACAUGUCGGUCGAGGCCGAGAAGUGGGCACAAGAGCUCACGGUCAAAGGUUCUGCCUAG